GAGCAGUGGCAGUGGCUGCGCUAACCACUGCAUAAACGAAUGCACCCGUAAUGUUGCAUGUAUAUACUUUAAAGGUAUAUGGUUUUAGUAAAUUGUAUUUUGUAGUGGAUUUUCUUGUUGCGUUUUGAAAAGAGCCGAUCAGCCGAUUUAUCAAUUCCGAAACGUCCAAAGCAUCCUAACAAAACGGUAGCAGGAUGGUCAAUUUGUAGCGUAGAUCAUUCGUUGAAUGUGUGAUGAACUUCUUUAGUUUUUAACCUGCUUACAUGUGAGAAUAUUUUGUAAAAAAUGUCUUGGCUCUUUGGCAAAAAAAAACAUAAGGAUUCACCCCCUGAAUCUAGAGAUGAGCAAGAAGAACGACCUUCAAUAAAUCCAGAGGAUGACUUUAUAGUGAUUGAAAAAAGAAGAACCUCUCUACCACCUAAUGUUGGUGAUCAUGAUAUUCCUUAUCCCAGUGGACUAUAUCCAUUCAUCGGUGGAACACCAAUGAACCCUGCAAUGUCAGCUGGUAAUUUACCAAAAUUAACUCAGCAAGUGGAUGCUCCGCAUUAUUUAAAUGGUGUACCAUUUAAGUUAUGCAAACAAUUGCAAAGUAAUAUGAACAAUGAUUUGGAAAUAGAUGGUCUACGAAUUAGCGAAAUAAUGUCUUUUGUUGAAAGAUUAGAGAAUCAAAAUUAUGAUUAUGAUUUCUCCCUUGAAACAGGAGUUAUUGCAGAAAUGGAUAGUAGAACGACUAAUGACUAACUUAGAACUCCCCUGAAUGUUAUUGUUAUGUGUAAUAAAAUGUAAAUUCUAUGAAUUAAAGAAUCAAAUUUAGAUAUAUGCAUGUGUCUCUCUUGAUUAUGUGAAUAUUUAAUAUAUAUAAUGCUCAUUUUUUUAAGAGGCAAGCAUUAUGUGAUAACGUUAUUAUAAACGUUAAGUUUGAUUCUUUUAUUCUACACAGGUUAUUUUUUUAAAGCGUUCCUAUCUUUUAUAGGCGAUAUAAAAACGUGACAUUUUAAAUAGAUAUAAAAAUAAACAAUGUAUUAAUACAUAAAUAUCAGAUUAUUGAGAAAAAAAUUUAAUUAAAAGUUUGUAGGCAUCAAUUAUUAGGAAAGAAAAAGUAGCAUAUAAUUAAGAUUUACUUUUUAUGUAUUUAAAUUGCUUAAGGAGAUAGUUUUAUUGCUAUUAUUGCCAUAAUACUAGACUAAUUAAAACACAUACUUGAUAUUACAUCAUGUCUUGCAACAUGUGAACAUAAGAAAUACUUUAAGAAAAUAGUUAUUAACUAUAUAGCUGUAUAUAAAUAAAAUGUAAAAUAAUAUAAAUUUCUUUAAUUGUAUAUGCAUAUAUGAACAUACAAUACAAUAUUAUGAAAAGCCAUACAUCUUAGAUUUAAGCCUGGUUCAUGCAGGCCUUAACCAUAAGAAAUUGGCCAAUUAUAGUUGAUUUGUAGAAGAAUAAUUGACUAUGACUGACCAAUUUCUUACAGUUAUGGCCUGCAUAAACCACCCUUUAAUUUUAUUGUUAUGUAAUACUUAUGUAAUAAAUAUACAACAUAAUUUCAGUUUGUAAAAAUUAAAUAAUAAAUUAUAUUUAUAUCUAAUA